CGACGACCACUACAACCACCAUGAACACAGCUCCACCACAGGGGGAUUUCGUCCUGUUCGGCGACGAAGACGCUCCGUACAGGGACUUUCCCGUUAUCGUCGAUCCUCCUCCAUCAUCGCAGCCUGUCCCAGAGGCCCAAGGGUUCUCUGCUUUCGAUCCGAAGGACUGGGUGUACAGUUACCCUACGCCAGUACAAAGCGACUAUACGUUCGCGCCUAUACCUCAUUCGAAUCCAGCACAAUUCCAGAACUUGCAGCCGAGUGACAGUAAUGACGGCGGACACAGGAGGGCGGUCUCGGCGGAUGGAUACCUGAAUGUUAACACUAACACUAUGCCCAUGCACAACAGCAUGGGCGACUACCGCAACCCGAUCACGCCUAUUCCUUCGCCUUCAGUAAGUUCGAGAUAUGUCACGCCGGAGCCGGAUGGUGGGAGUGAUCAUGAUGAUCCACCACCCUUCAUCCCAAAGUUCCCGAAGCUCGACAGAACGCUUACAGAUAUCGUCGAGGAUGAGCUCUAUCAGCAUAUUCCCAAGCAUAGGGAGCCUUCACUGCAGGAGUAUGAUGACAACUACCAGCAGAAUGAGGACAUCCAGCGUCUGAUCAAUGCCUUCCCUGAGCUUAAUCAGCCAUCCGAUGAUGGAUCUCCAUCGAGCAUGGGAUCGGCCAGUGUCGGUUCGUACACUUCUGCCAUGGCACCUCCACCUCUUGACGAUCAAUCAUGGUACCCGCCGGUGGUUCACAUGGGCUUCCCCACUCAAGGAAGGCAGAUGGAGCAGAGACAGCAAAGCAAUGCUAUGGUUGAAUCCGUCAGAAGGUUACGAGAUGAAGAGGGACCUGCGCUACCGCAGCAAACCGUGUCCCCGAAAGAGGCAUUUUUGGAUUUCCCCGAACUUGAGCAGCCGCCUCCGCGAGGAUUGUUCUCGCCACCUAGUCUUAGUGCAGAGAGUACCAUCGACUCGCAGCUGUCACAAAGGAGUGCGGAUACCAUCAACGGCAACAGUUAUGGAAGUGACAGUCAGGAAUCGACAGUUCCCAACUUUGUCCCGCAUAAUGCUAUGCCACCUCCACUUCAGGUUCUAGAGCAUCGUCAGAACUUGGUUCCGCAGUUGAUGUCAGGUUCCUCGGAUUUAUCGUCCUCGUCGUCUGGACGACAAUUCUCGCAGGACAGUGAUAACGAGUAUCUGCCUCAACCAGCCCGGAACCAGGCUCAAUACAGUCGACCCGGUACGGGGUACUCGACUCAGUCGGUUGCCAGCACGGAUAGUUUCAAACCUGAUGCUCCUCGCAACUCGUACGCUUGCGUUGAUUGUGGCAGAAGAUUCGACAAUACUCAGGCUUUGUCGGCGCACAAGCGUACGCACAACGGAGAUGCCAUAAGCAGACAUCCGUUCCCUCAAGCUUUGCAGGGUACCGCUUCGGCUCCUAACACAGCUCCACCCUCGCCUCGCAGUGCCAAUGCUCAUCUAUUCCAUCAACAGCCAGCGCACCUGCAAUCCCGCCCAAUGACCCACUCUGCAAGCCACACGGGAAGUACCCCCUCAAAACCAAAUUCCCGCUCUCAUGGUCCCCACCGCUGCGACUGGAACAACCCCAACACCGGCCUCCCCUGCAAUAAAGUCUUCUCCCGUCCCUACGAUCUCAUUCGUCAUCAGGAGACGAUUCACGCGCAGAAGAAGCCAGAGUACAAGUGUGAGAUCUGCGGUGACGACAAGGUAUUUGCACGAGCGGAUGCAUUAGUAAGGCAUAGGAGGGUCAAGCAUGGUUUGGGUAAGCCGCCGAGAGGACAAGCGCAGGCUCAGGCGAUGGCCGCGAGUCAGAGUGCUGAAGAGGCGCUCUCGGCUGAGCAGUUUACGAGUAUGGCUCCGCCGGUCUGACUGUACGGUCGAGUAUGAAUGCCGAGGAAUGAGAUUACGGAUGGGAAGGAGUGUACGAUAUAUUUGGAAAGACGUGAAAAGUGCGUCUGGGGUUAGAAGAUAGAAUGGCGGCAGUGACUGUAAUGGGCGUUCUAGCU